AUGGAUAUGAAAUCCUUGAAAUCCAGGCAGAUUUUACCUGUAAUACCAAAGGGCUCUAGGCAAGAUAUUGUGUCUGCAACGAUAAAUUCAUCUUACCUAUGGCGCAAUUGUACGGUUCUUAGGUUGACAAAUUAUCUACAUUUGAAUAGCGUGGAGAAUGCCGUAGAAAAACAACAAGUUGAACAAUUUGCAAAAUGGAUAGCUGCAAUUGGGGAUGGUACAACAGGUGCAUCAACAGAAGAUUGUCUAGAGGUUGACAUUCCAGACGAUAUGCUAUUGUUAUCAAAUGGUGACACGAUUGCAACAAUCGUUGAAAGUACAUUUCCUAUGUUUCAGAAUGGUUCGUGUAAUAAUAGUUUUCUUGAAACUAGGGCAAUUCUUGCUCCAACAUUGGAUGUGGUGAAUGCAGUUAAUGAUUACAUGAGUAGCAUGCACGAAGCUGAGAGCAGAACAUAUAUAUCUUAG